AUCUGUAUUGUACGGAUUAGCGCCAAAAAAAAUCGUACAAAUAUGAAAUAACUUUCAUUAUAUGCUAUCUUACGUCCUCUUUUCAGAACCGCCUGCGGAGAUUAAAAAUUCCAAUUACUUUUGGAGAUAUCGAAUUUUUUAAUAUUCAUUUUUCGGCGAUUUUUUUAAAAAAAAUAAUUAAAAAUCCGAAAAUACCUUUAUUCUGUGCUCUUUUACUUCCUCUUUUCAUUAAACCCGGCGGAGAUCAGAAAUUCCAAAUACUUUAGGAGAUAUGGAAUUUUUUAAUUUUCGUGAUGUGCACUGAUGCGUCGUUUGAGCGGGAAGCCUACGAUUCACACAUCCUUCUGGACAUACCCGAAUACUCACGUUGGCUAGCCUUCUUUUCUUAAAAUUAGCAAGAAGUAAUUAAAAAUACUUUAAAACACUGUGGAUGGUUGGUUAUAUUAGGUAAGUAUAGCUACAUUAAAAAAACUGUAAAAUCAUUUUAUGGUUGCUUAGCAAAUAACUUUUUAAUAUGUAGCUAUCCAGCGCUAGGAAACCGUUUACAUGAUUUCACAGUAUUUUUAAUGUAGCUAUCCUAACCAAAUCAACCAUCCACAAUGUUUUGAAGUAUUUAUAAUGUAGCUAACAUAACCUAAUUGACCAUUAGUUUUCAUGAGUUGCAUAUUUAUUUACAAUAAACAAAAAAAAAACUUGAAGAUGCACGAUCGGGCGUUGGCCUCUCGUCUGUUGAAAGAAGGCUUGCCAACGUGAGUAUUCGGGUAUGUCCAGAAGGAUGAGUGAAUCGUAGGCUUCCCGCGUUUCCACCAUUGUUGCUUGUUUACAAGUAUGAUUUUUUUUUUUUUUUUUUCGCGACGUAGUUGAACGACUACAUCACGUAAAAAGAAAAUUACGUGAGUUCCUACUGUUCAUCCUUUUUCCCGGUUUGUUAGGUCAGGUCAGCUACAUUAUAAAUACUUUAAAAGUAAACAACCAUUAAAAUUAAUUUUAUUAUUUUUAAUGUCCGUUCAGUUUCAAAGUAUUUAUACUGUAGCUGACCUGACCUAAUCUACCUUUGUCCCGUUUUGUUAGAUCAGGUCAGUUACAUUAUAAAUACUUAAAACUAUACAAGUAAAAUUAAUUAAUAUUAUUUUUAAUUUCCGUUUAUUUUGAAGUAUUUAUCAUGUAACUAACCUUACCUAAUGGAAAAUUUCUGUUAUUUAGGCAUUCACGCACACACGGCAAAAUAUAAAAUGGCGUCUGUUGAAUGAUUACAUAGGGCUUGUAUUGCAAAAUAAGAACGGCGAUAUCUCCAAAAGUAAUUGGAAUUUUUUAUCUCCGCAGGCGGUUUUGAAAAGAGGACGUAAAAGAGCAUAUAAUGAAAGUUAUUUCAUAUUUGUACGAUUUUUUUUGGCGCUAAUCCGUACAAUACAGAUUUACCAAAAUUUCUGUUAUUUAGGCAUUCACGCACACGGCAAAAUAUAAAAUGGCGUCUGUUGAAUGAUUACAUAGGGCUUGUAUUGCAAAAUAAGAACGGCGAUAUCUCCAAAAUGUUUUGUAUACAGAAGAAAGUAUAUUUUCCCAUCUAUUGGAACACUGACUUUCAACUCAUGGAAUUUGUUUCCGUGAUAAAAUUUUCCACGUUUGCUGUAGAGAAUUUAACUGUGUAGCUGAUAAAAAAUUGCAUCAGUUCAGACACAACCAUAUAAUUACUUAUCAUAUUUGUGCAUGCAAGUUUACUGGAGACAAAAAAUUCCAGCUGCAUUAUGACAGACAUUUGUUAGCCACGAAACCUUUUGAGUGCUGCAAUUGUGGUAAACGAUUCCACACUACUGUCAUGUGUUGAAUGUUUACGCAAAAUGACACAGCCUCAUGAAGUGUCAGUUUUGUGAACUGCGUUCCGAUUCAUUUGUGAAGUAAUCUUUUUGAAGCACAUAAAAAUGCAUGGAAGUUUUUGUGGAGACCUCUUCAUCAGGGUUGUAGAGUGAUAUGAUUGUGAAGAAUUGGAGCUUGAAAAAAAAAUUUAAAGUUAUAUGUUGAGAAGCAAAGCUCGACUCAGCAAGUGUGUGUGCUAAAUGUUGAGUCAGUUGUUGCGUAGUGUUUUGAUGACGUUGUUGGCAGUGUGUCUCACAUUAACAGACUGUGGAAUAAAGAUGCAAUUGGUGUGGAAGGAAAUAUAUUCAAGUGCAAUUUGUCUUCAGUGCAGCUAACAAGUAGACUGCGCGCCCGUGGAAUCGAACGUGUCUUCUUUGUGGGCGAAGAAGCAAGACAGUGAGAAGUAUGCAAAGGCAUUUAGAAUCACAUCUUAAAAGAGAGUCUGCCAGGAAACAGCUAACAGCCAGUAACAUAGAAUGCAGUGUUGGCCAUGAAAAACAUACAAGCACUGGCAAAUGCAACUGUCAGCUCUUUAAAGUCCAAAAGGUGUUUGGUGACGCAAAACAGCCAUAUCCGUGUGCCUGUCCUAGGAAAUUCAAGUAUGAAGCUAAUUUGAAAAGGCACCUGAAAUACAUACAUGGUGGAGGCACCGCAGACAGUUCUGUGUGUGGCACAUCUAGGCAAGUUUUCAGCAACACAAGUGAACUUGUCGCGUAUCGACAGACUUCUUCACAUCAGUGCAAUACAUGCACACGUGAUCAAGAGUUAUCUAGUAGCACAUGUCCAGACAACAGCACUUCGAAUAAAGAACAUUGUGAAUGUGCAAAGACAUGUGAACCAAUUAUAAAUAAUGAUGAAUCUGCUACAGUAAUUAAUUGCAAUAUAUGCAAUAAAUUAUUUUUUUUUUGUAGAAAAACAUUUUUGAAACAUCACACUCAUCAUGAUUUUGAUAAUAGAUGUCAGUUAUGUAACAAAACUUUCUCAACACGAAAAAAUCUUCAAAAAAACUCAAAAUUACAAACAAAUGCUGUUAAAAGGUUCAGAUGCGACUUGUGUCCGGUUGCCUGCCCCACGGUUUCGGGGCUGCGCAUACACAAACGCACACAUUCUGGAGAGCGUCCCUAUCACUGCCUUAAGUGUAAUACAAGAUUCUCUCGCAACACUGCCUUGAAGAAGCACGACAGGAGCGUCCACGGGGCGCCGGGCUCGGUGACGUACUCCUGCGGCGAGUGUGGCGCGGCCUUCCGGGCGCGCGGGAACCUGCUGCGCCACUACCUGACCGUGCACCGCGCGCUGCGACGCUUCGUGUGCGGGCUGUGCGGGUGGCGCCACGGCCAGAACCAGGACCUGCGGCGCCACCUGCAGCAGAGGCACCGGGUGGAGGGCCCGUCCAUCCUGGGUGCCGACAAGAAGCCACUCAGCGAGAUUUAUGUACUUCCGAGCAUCGACAACCUCCCACCAUCAGAUCCACUCGUCGCCAAAAUUAAAUCUAUUGUAGAUAAAGAAAAGCAGAAGUUCCAGGAGGUGGAGGAGUUGCUGUUAGCUGUGGGCACUGACAAGCAGACAAGUGGUUUCGGUGAAGAUGGAGAGGAACGGCCGAUGGUCUCCUCCGUGGAACGGCAGAGGCGUGUUGCCACAGCGCAGAUGGGCACGGACGCGGGGACCCAGGACGGUGGGUCCGGGCCCAGGGACUGCACGGUUGCAGUGCAGUGCGAACACUGCGGCACACAGUUGUGCAGCGAGGUGUCGCUCCUGGCCCACCUCCGGGAGAGGCACGCCAUGCUGGUGUGCCGCUGUGGCGUCUGUGCGGAGGCCCACGUGGCGGGGAGCCACGGCGUCUGCCUGCGCGUGCCGGGGCUGCUCCUGGAGGCGCGCGGCUCCCGGAGCUGGACGGUGACCGAGGGCUUCCUCGUGCAACCCGUGUCUCCGAGCGUCGUGGCUGCACUUGAAGCACAGUCUCUUCCGACUGAUCCCACUGGUUCCACAACCAUCCGACUAGAUCCUGCAGCCUCGCAAGAAUCCCUGGCGCCAAACAAGCCAGCUCAGACAUUAUCGACUGAAACAGCUGAAAAACAUACUAUCGACAAUGUUGACUGUGGAGGUGAGAACCGGUACGUGUGCUCAGUGUGCGGGAAGACCUUCAAGGAGAAGGGCAAUCUGAAGGUUCACAUGCGCAGCCACACGGGGGAGAGACCAUUCCGCUGUGAAAUUUGCGACCGCAGAAUGAGGUAUCAAAAGGAAAUGUUGGAGCACAAAAGAAUGCACGAGGGAUUGUUGCCGCAUGUGUGUGACCAGUGUGGCCGCAAGUUCACAAGACGCAGAGUGUUGGUGCGGCACAAGCACACCCACUCUGCAGUCAAAAGGUAUAAAUGUUCUAUGUGCGACAAGGCAUUCAGUCGAUUAGAUCACUUGAAGUCCAUCCACAUGCCAACCCAUUCGACUGACAAACAAAAGCUGCCAGAGUUUGCCUGCUCAACUUGUGAGAAACGCUUUGUGUUAAAGUCGAAGUUACAGCAACAUCUGAUUCUUCAUUCUGGGGAGAAGAAAUAUGAGUGUAAUCUUUGCUUCAAGUCAUUUGCUUUGAAUAGCUAUUUGAGUUCACACCUCAAAACCCACAAGAAACAGGCUGGCUACAUAACGUGUCCAAAAUGCCCGAGGAAGUUUGUCUCAGAUGAAACACUUAAGGUGCACAGCCGAACGUUCCACGAGCGACUGGCCGGGCUGUCGAUGAGCGUGGAGGAGAGGAGCGGAGUCGAUGGCAGGGUGGAAGAAACGGGCGUUCCAAGCGCUGAUGCGAGCGCGCGGACGGAGGAAGUCUCUCAGUGACUGUUACAAGUAUACGUGGUGCGUGCACUCCAGCCAGUUAGCUCCACGAUUGGUAACGCUGCUUGUAAAGAAACUUCAAUAAAUAACAAGUAAGAAUCCAC